AUGGUUCUUAUCUUUCUUUUUAGAAAGAAUAUUUUAUCAUUUUUUUUAUGGAUAUUUAUUUUUUCUCUUAAUAUUGGGCAUUCUUUAGAAUGCCUUAAAACUAAACCUUAUGCUACAAUACCAGCACAAGGUUGUACUGAACCAAUUGAUCCUAAUAAUAUGCCUAAAAGUAAUUUAGAAACCUGGUUUACAAGAGAAAUUUUUAAUGAUUUAUUUCCAAAAGCAAAUCUUGGUGUAGGUAAUCAUCCCUGUCUUCCAUAUAGUUAUGAAUCUUUUGUUAUUGCUGCAAGAUAUUUUCCUGAAUUUGGUAAUGUUAAAGAUAAUGAUACAUUAAAUGGUGAACCAUCUGAGUAUAGUGGUAUUAUUAAUUCAAAAAGAGAUGUAGCAGCAUUUUUUGCUCAUGCUAUUCAGGAGACAGGUGAGAAUGAUAUUAGUUUUUAUAUUGGAAAAAAUCUUUCUGAUCCAAUUCAAAAACAGAAAGCUGAUGAUUGUUUUUAUCGUGGUGGUUUAUAUAAUUGGUUUGAGGGUGGUCCAACAAGUAGUUUUUUAAGGCCUUACUCACCAGGAUAUAUGCCAACUGAUGGAGAUAUUUGUAAUAAAGGUGGAAAAUAUUGUACUGAUACUCCUGAAUUAAAUUAUUUUUAUCCAUGUAAUGAAGAAAAAGUUGAUGGUUUAAAUUAUAUUCAAUAUUUUAAAGGUUGUUAUUUUGGUAGGGGAGCAAUUCAAAUAUCUUAUAAUUAUAAUUAUGGUCAAUUUCAAAAAUGGUUAAAGACAGUUAAUAUAACAGUAGAUUUAUUAAAGGAACCAAAUCUUCUUAUGACAAAAAUGGAUCCUCCAAUUUCAAUAAUGGCAUCAAUGUGGUUUUAUAUGACACCCCAACCACCAAAACCAUCAAUGCAUGAUAUUGUUAUUGGGAGGUGGAAUGCUGGUGAUUUGAAUAAAAAAAGUAAUUAUUCUGGUGCUAUUUUUGGUCCCACAAGUUUAAUUAUUAAUAAUGAAUGUAAUGGAGAGGAUAAAUCUGAACCAGGUGGUCCAGGUGAAAGUAGGAGAAUAAAAGCUUUUAAAUGGUUUUGUAAAUAUUUUAAUGUACCAACAGGACCAGAAGAUACAUUAUCAUGUAAAAACAUGGUACAACCAUUUGAUAGAAUGCAAUAUGGAAUAUCAUAUCAACCAAAUUGGUCUCAAACAUGGAAAGAAGAACCAUGUCAAUGUUCACCUGCUUCUUAUGGUGGAAUAAUACCAUAUUUUGAUGAAAGAUAUUAUCCAAAAAAUUUUGUUGAUCAAAAUGAGUAUAAUAGAAAAUUAUGUAUCAAAAGUUUAUAUGAUAAUCCUAUAAUGUACAGUAUGAAUAAUAAAACAAGUGCCUGUUUAGGUUAUCCCAAUCCUGAAGCUGAUAUGGUUUAA